AUGCUGGGAUGUAUAGGUACAGAGGCCAGAAUUGCUAGAGAGAAGUAUUAUAAGCACAGAACAAAGGCCCAAGAAAAUCCCCAGCAAUAUCUAUCACUCAUUAUAGAUAACAUGGACCAGUCUAAGACCAAUUUGCCUAGGUUUCCAUUUGUUUCGAAGAACAAUGGAGGUAGCUUGCCACCAACAUUAUAUCUUCAAGCUGACAAUGCUGCGAAAGACAACAAAAAUAACUAUGUAUUGAUGUUCUUAGCCAUGCUAGUGAAAGCUGAAAUAGUUAAAAAGAUCAAACUCAGUUUCCUGAUGGUAGGUCACACCCAUGAGGAUGUCGACCAGUUUUUCUCCAGGAUUUCAGUUAAAUGCCACCAGCAAGCAGCUGUCACACUUCCUGACCUACACCAGCUCAUAUCAACGUCGAUCAAACCUAUGCCAUAUAUUGAACAUAUCACCAGCCUUUGGGACUUUAGAAAAUUGUCAACAUCUGAUUACUCACUUUGUGACUUUAAAGAUAUUCAUCAUUUUGUAUUUAGCAAGGCCGAUGACAAAGUGAGUUUGAAAUUUAAGAACUGGCCACUGCACUCUGAGCCAUACAGAGAACUGGAUGUGACAGGUGCCAUACCCGACCUGGAAGUCCCAUCAAUAGUGGAAGGCAUACCCCCAAAGUUUAGCUCAGUCGUGACAAACAUGAGUGAAGAUCUUGAGAAGUGGAUGUCGACUGGAAGAUAG